AUGUUUAACGAGAGAGAGAUGACAGGCACGACCAUUAUCGCAAUAAAGUACGACGAUGGGGUGCUAAUUGGAGCGGACUCGAGAACAUCGAUGGGAACGUAUAUUCCAAGCAGAGUGACAGACAAGCUUACACAAAUCACAGGCAAGAUAUUUGUUUGCAGGUCGGGAAGUGCAGCCGACACCCAGACGAUUUCCGAAUACCUGAAGAUGUAUCUUAAAAUGUACUCACAACUCGAGAACGCCGCUCCUCUUGUUCACAGGGCGGCAACUCUAGCAAGCAAGAUCAUAUAUGAAAACCCAAGCCUCCUGGCAGGCCUUAUAGUUGCUGGCUAUGACGAGAAGCCAAGGAUAUUCAAUAUAUCUCUUGGAGGAACGCUUAUGGAGUGUGAUUGGACUAUCGGGGGAUCUGGAUCUGCAUUUAUAUACAGCUAUUGCGACAUGAACUGGAGAAGCGGGAUGAGUCUUGAGGAGGGGAUUCGAUUUAUCAAGGAUGCCGUUACAUGUGCAAUAAGCAGGGAUAAUGCCUCUGGGGGGUGCAUAAGGAUGUCUGCGAUCACUAGAGAUGGCGUCCAAAGGUACUUCUAUCCAGGGGACAAGGUGCUUCAGUAA